AACAUAGUCAGCAAAUGAGUCUCGUUUUAUGGUAACAAUUUAAUUAAAUAAAAUUAUUGAAUUAUUGAAAAAUGGAUGUUCGACAAUCAAGAAUUUCGAAAUAUUAUUCAUCAUCAUUGGAUCAAUGGAAUCGAAAACUAUUCGAUAGAUUAACGAAUCGAAAUUUUCGUCAAUCAGUACGUUAUGUGAUCUUUUUGCAUUUGAAUGAUUCAUUUAUAAUAAUCACUAAAAAUUGGCGUACAUUUGUUUAUGGACCGCAAGUAUGUGCAUGGCUUGGUUUACCACACGAAAAUUCACUUGUAAACGAAAUUUUAGAAUUGAGAUAUACAGAACUAAAACAGGUCGAUUAUGGCGAUAAAUUUUUUGUUGUAUUGACCGCAAAUGGAUCCGUAUGUAUGGCUAGCCGUAAAUCGGAAGAAUGGAGAACUUACCGACAAUUGCAAUGGAUAUCUAAUCAAAAUUAUCGUAUGAUUAGCUGUGGCUUAAAUCAUAUCUUAUUAUUACGUGAAGAUGGUAAAUUAUUCACCAUGGGUGAUAAUCGUUUUGGUCAAUUGGGUCGAAACGACAUUUAUUCAUCAUUUAUACAUAUGAUUGAUACUGGCUUGUCACAUGUGGAAAGAAUCGCUUGUGGUUCUAAUUUUUCCAUAGCUAUAACAAGUGAUGAAGCCUAUUCAUGGGGUUUGAAUAAUUGUGGACAAUUGGGUAUAGAAAAUGUUCGGAUUCAAUUUGCUCCUGCAAAAAUGUUUAACUAUGAUGGUCGAGUCGUUAAUAUCGUUGCUGGUGCCAGUAAUAUAUGGUUUUUAAUGGGCACUGGUAAUGUUCAUCAAUUCGGUCAUGUUGGUGGUCGUGAAGUAUUUACUGUGAUUAAAAGAAAAAUUUCGAUCACUAACAUUGAGGCCAUUGCUUGUGAAAAAUUUGGCAAUUUUGCCAUAUUUUUCAAAUCAAACGGUGAAUCCUAUGUUCUUGGGCGUAAAAAUCUUCAUAAUUAUAGUGAACCAAAACUUAAUUUUAAGGUAUUAAAAACAUUCGAUGAUGUAUAUCAAGAUUUCACACAAACUCCACAUUCAUUCAUUCCAACUUUUUUGAAUAAUACACAAUUACAACAAUCGAAUGGAACAAAUGGAUCAACUGUGCCAACAACAUCAACAUCAACAUCACCAGCAGCAGCAACGACAAGUAAAAACAUAUCCAUCAAUAAUAAUAAUGAUCGUUCACUAUGUUCAAUAUGUUUGGAUAGAGAAAGACAGAUUGUUUUUUUUCCCUGUUGUCAUCUAACUUCUUGUUCACAAUGUUCAACACAAAUUGAUGAUUGUCCAAUCUGUCGAAAAAAUAUCGAUGGCCAUUUACGUGUUUAUCUUUCUUAAUUGAUUUCAUUUUCAUUGUACGAAAACAAUUUUUUGAUGAUCAUUUAAAAUCAUACUUAUACUUUUUUCA